GAUGUGCUGAUGGAGCUUCUCGAACAGUGUGCAGAUGGCCUUUGGAAAGCUGAGCGUUAUGAGCUAAUUGCAGACAUCUAUAAACUCAUCAUUCCCAUUUAUGAAAAGCGUAGGGAUUUUGAGAGACUCGCUCAUUUAUAUGACACUCUUCAUCGGGCUUACAGCAAGGUUACGGAAGUGAUGCAUACAGGCAAGAGACUUCUGGGGACCUAUUUUAGAGUGGCCUUCUUUGGACAAGGUUUCUUUGAAGAAGAGGAUGGGAAGGAGUAUAUUUACAAGGAGCCCAAGCUCACUCCACUGUCUGAGAUCUCCCAACGCCUUCUCAAGCUGUAUUCAGACAAGUUUGGUGCUGAAAAUGUGAAAAUGAUACAGGAUUCUGGCAAGAUAAACCCAAAAGACUUGGACUCCAAAUACGCCUACAUCCAAGUCACACAUGUCACGCCUUACUUUGAAGACAAAGAACUGCAGGAAAGAAAAACAGAGUUUGAAAAA